UAGAUUUUUUAAAUCGAUAUGGUGUUCUUUUCUUGCAAUGCUUGUGGUGAUUCACUAAAGAAAAACCAAGUGGAAAAGCAUUACACAACAAAAUGUCGUCAAGCCAAGUCAUUGUCCUGUAUUGACUGUAGCAAGGAAUUCUGGGGGCAAGAAUACGAUAAACACACAAAAUGUAUAUCUGAAGAAGAGAAGUACUCUGGGAAAAACUAUGUACCAAAAGCAGGGGCCAACAAAGGGGAACAGAAACAGAAUCAGUGGCUAGAGCAAGUACAGGCUGCCAUAGAUAGUGCCCAAUCUGACAAGAAUGUACUACAUCUGUUACACCAGAUUAAAGACUAUCCGAACAUCCCUCGCAAACAGGCCAAAUUUAAGAAUUUCCUGAAGAAUUCACUGAGAGUAAAGAAGGAAUCAUUAGUAGACGAAGCCUGGAACCUUAUAAUGAAACAUGCAGAGCAGACCAAGACAACUGAGGCAAAAUCUUCAGAAGCUAAAUCUAUGAAUGGAAACCAUGAACCACAGUCGAAAGCUGAGACAGAAACAGGUCAGAAAGAUCAGACAAAGAAAGAAAAGAAAGAAGAAAUGAAGAAGGAGAGGAAAGAGGAAAGGAAGAGGAAGAGGAAAGCAGAGGAAAAUGGUGAGGUCAAAGAGGAGGGGGAGGAGAAGCCAAAGAAAAAGAAGAAGAGGAAGAAGGAAGGAUGUGAGGAGGGGAUGACCAAUGGAGAACUGGAGGAUAGUACCUUAACGCAGGAUCCCAGUCAGGACAAGCAAAUGGAAGAAGAAGAGGUCAAUCAGGAAAAUAUGGAUGAGAAGGGCAGUAGAGUAAAGGCCAAAUUUGAUUGGGAGGAAGUUAUAACUGAAGUCUUAAAGAAAAAAGGAGAAAUUCCACUCAAAAAAUUAAGGAAAAAGGUUCUAGCUGAAUAUGCCUCAGUGAGAGGGGAGCCAGGAUCAGAAGAGAGAAUUUUGGCCAAAUUCACGAAAAAAGUCAACAAGAACCCCAAAUUUAAAGUUCACAAAGAGAGAGUCAAGUUAAAGAACUAGCAAGAAUUGCUAACAGUAAUAUUUUUUUGGUUCUUCCUUGUUACUGUGUUCAGUAUCCUGGUCAAGAUUUUAAACUGCUAAGACAAAUAAAUUGAGACAUUAUAUUUAUAUUGAUGUACAAUUUUCAAAUGCAAGCAUAACUUUGAACAGUUUUAAGUUUUAUGAUUUUAUGUGGAUGUUAUUGCAGUUUUCAAAUAUUUUUCAUAACUGUGAAUUAUGAAUAAAUCAACCCAGUGAAAGUCAUUGUAAAUGACUCAAUAUAUUUAGCUCACCUCAACGAAGUUGGGGGAGCUUAUGUAAUACCC